AUGGCGAGCCCCGCGCGCCCGCAGCCGGAGCCGGCGGUCCCCGGGACGUGGGGCGGCGGCGCGGCGGGGGAAAGGCUGCUGCUGCUGGAGCUGCGCUGCGCCCGGCCGCCGUCCUCCGGCUCGGAGGAGGAGGAGGAGGAGGCGGGGGAGGAGGCGGCCGAGGGGGAGGACUGCUGCCCCAAGUGCAAGAAGCGGGUGCAGUUCGCGGACUCGCUGGGGCUGAGCCUGGCCAGCGUGAAGCACUUCAGCGACACCGAGGAGCCGAAGGUGCCGUCCGCAGCGCCGCCCGCCGAGCCGCGCGACCCGCCGGAGCCCGGCGCUGCCCCGGGGCCGCCCCGCCAGCCGCCCUCCCUGCGCCUGGAGCCCGACUUCCCCGACGGCGGCGAGCCGAGCGCCGAACGGCUGCGGCGGCAGCGCGUCUGCCUGGAGCGGCUGGGGCGACCCGCGUUGCUCUCCGACGUGCGGGGCACGGUGCGGGCACUGCGCGGCUCCGGGCCCGGCGAGGUGACGGUGCGCUACACCUUCAACGAGUGGCUCUCCUUCAUGGACGUCCCGGCCUCGCCGCUGCCCCCCGCCGCCGCGGACGGCUCCGAGCCGCCGGCCGAGCGCUUCUCGUUCGCCCUGUGCGUGCCGCCCAGCCUACGGGAGGGCUCGGCCCUUCACUUCGCCAUCCGCUACCGCGGCGCGCAGGGCGAGCACUGGGACAACAACGACGGCCGCAACUACACGCUGCGCUGCCGUCGCGACCCCGAGGCGGCCGCCGCGCCCCGCGACUGAGCGACGGUCGUGCUGCCGUCGGGGGGAGGUCGGGGCGGCGGCUGAAGGGGCGCUGUGGGACGGAUCCGCAUCGAGAGAACCAGGAGGCUGAGUGGGACCUCGGUGCCGCUCCCCGCCCUGCCCGAGCCCCAGAAGGACGUCCGCGGCUGGGGCCCUGCCGUGCAUAGGCUGCCUUUGCCGGGGCAGAGGAGCAGUUAAAAAUACUGGCUGAUAGCGAGUUAUCUGGAGAGCUUCGAUAACAGCACCCCGCAGUCACGUGCUGUGCGCUGGAAGAUGGUGUCUGUCUCGUUCGGUGUGCCUGUGUUGGGGAGAGCGAUGACAUGGACGGCCUUGUCACAGCACAGUGACAGCGUGGUAGGGAGGGGAUCUCGCUAAUGAACGAAAGCAAAUGCUUCGCUUCAGCUCUCCUUAUGUUACGUUUUGCACCACGCUUUCAAGUGCUUUUAAUUUAUUCAGGUCAUUUUGCAACAUCUUUUCCAAUAUUUGUGCGUUGUUGGGUUUGGGCACUUAACCCACAGCCUUUCACUCUUGCACUGCAUUGCACUGUGGCACUGCUGUGUCCCGAGUCCUGACAUUUGGCAAAAAAGUACCAUUGCAAAUGGCUUUGUUAGAAUAAAAAGCUUUCAAAAAGCUCACCGACACAAACCUUUUUUUCUGCAUCUUCUGUGCAGCAGAACGUGUGUGUUAACCCUAGCCUGUGCCCUGCAGAAGCAGCUCAUGCAAAGCUGUGGUGAAAGGAAGCUCUGCUGUCACAGGGUUCUGUAGAAGAUGUGAUGGCUGCUCUGCAGCUUGCCUUGUAUUAUUUUAGUGUCAUUAUUAUUUUUUUUCAUGAUGAAAAAACAGAUAAGGUUUUAUCUGGGUGCAGAAAAUGCUUUGGCAUAUAUCCUAUACCUGAAAUGAGUCUUCAGCUAAGCUGCCUUUUCUGCAAGCUGGUGCAGAGCUGUUGUGCACUGCUAGGUUACAGGACAUGGAAUAACGCAGUGUGCAUUAGCUACUGAUAGUUGUACCAAUGAAAUAACAUGCUCUUAAGCUGAUAUGUGAUGCCAAUCGAGAUAGAUGAAUUGUUCUUUUCAGUACAGUGUAACAUCUCAGACUUGUGCAGUGCAUCCCUUAUCUGUGUUUUGUUCAUGAAUUGCUCCAGAGAAGAAGUUUCACCAAUGAAGGGUGGGCUGGGGAAUGUCUCCUAAAACAGAAGGCAGCAGUAGCUCUGGUGCCUGCAUCUGGGCAGAGCUGUGGGGCUGCCACAUAGAAGAAUUGUAGCUGUAGUCUGCAGUUAUGUGUAGAGGGUGAGAAACAUUUUCUGCUGUUCUGUAAGCUAUGGAUAACGGAUGUGAAACAUCCGGAAAGUGUAACAUUUAUGUGUAGUCUGAAAUUCAAAAUGCAGGGGUAAAAAAAUCCUGCAAAUGAUGAUUAAAGCAGAACAUUUUUAUGCCUUGGCAACAAGUAAAAUGCUUUAAUUUCUUACACAAUUCACUUCUUGUGAAAGAGGAAACUUCUCACAGACAGGACUCAAACAUAACUACUUUUUAAUAUGCAAAAUGAUUUUUUCCCCCUGUAUUUUAGUGUUGCAGGUUGUGGAGACACGAGGCCACACUGUUACAUAGGUACAUAGGACAUGUAUGUACCAAACGCUGGCAUCCCAGAACCAACACGGCACAGGGUUGGUGUUUGUGGUCAUAGCUUGAGAUUCAUUGCUUGUACUGUCAUUAUCAAGGAAAUAUAUUCAAAUUGAAUUAGUUCUAAUUAUGUAAAAUGAGAAAGUCCAGUAGAAUCAAAUGUUAAGUGAAACACACUUCUUGUUUGGUUACAUUACUGUUAAUGUAAUAUUCUAUAGGGAUUGGGGGCAUAACUUGUGCAGAACGUGCUCAUAAACACAUUCCCCACCCCAAUGUGAGAAAUAAAAAAUAAUACAGAUUUGGUAGCACUCUUGGAUAAAAUCCAGCUGUAGAGAUUUCCAGUUCACGCAGAUUUCUUUUCUUUUUCCCAUGGACUAAGGGCAUAACGGAGAAAUAGAUGUAAAAGCUUUUUUUAUAGGUGUAAAUAAAACAAAUAGUAAAUAGUUGAA